UCCCAACAGAGUUCUCAAUCCCGUUGAUAUAAAGCUCCGAGGAGAUCCCCAGAUCUGAGCACUGAGAAUUCAGCUCGGGUCCUCAGCAGAUGGGUGUCACCGUCCUCUCCUAGCCAGCAGGAUGGAGACCACGCCCUUAAAUUCCCAGAAGGAGCUAUCAGCGUGUAAGGAUAAAGAAGAUUGUCAGGAAAACGGAGUUCUGCAGAAGGGUGUCCCUGUCCCUGAGGAUAAGGUGGAGUCUGGCCACAUCUCCAACGGGUACUCAGCGGUGCCGAGCCCUGGUGCCGGAGAUGACUCUCAGCACUCCAUUCCAGCCACCACCACCGCCCUAGCGGCUGAGGCUCAUCAAGGGGAACGGGAGACCUGGGGCAAGAAGAUGGAUUUCCUCCUCUCGGUCAUUGGCUAUGCCGUGGACCUGGGCAACGUCUGGCGCUUUCCCUACAUCUGUUACCAGAAUGGAGGGGGGGCAUUCCUCCUGCCCUACACGAUCAUGGCCAUUUUUGGGGGGAUCCCACUGUUCUACAUGGAGCUCGCGCUGGGCCAGUACCACCGAAAUGGAUGCAUUUCUAUAUGGAGGAAAAUCUGCCCGAUUUUCAAAGGUAACUGA